AUGGAUUCGCUGCCUAGUCAUCUUACAUCGCUUCCGCUGCCGUGCGCAGCUGUGUCUGCGUACAACGAGAGUCAUGCAAAGCUGCGAGACUUCAUUAUGGCCGCGGGUCGCGCAACGACAACCAACAACAGGGACCGCCUGAACGUCGAGAUAUAUGACGGCAACAAGAUAGUCCACGAUGAAGCCACCGGCACUCAGGACUGGGAGCUCGAUAUCCCGGAGGACGCCGACUGGGUGUUGCUGCAACAAAGCCUGCCCCCGUGCAUCGUUUGCGUGAGGGACUGGCAGAACUACGUGGUCGAUGCUUCGUGGUCAGCGGGAAGCGCUGAUGAUUUUACCGCGUUCCGAGAUGAUCGCAAAAAAAUGUCUCAUGAAUCAGACCCUGAUGGGGAUGACGACGGUUCUGAUGCUAAGCCCGAGAGCGAGGCGCAUUUGAUACGCGGUGAUAUGAAGCAACUGUCGGACUUUAUAAAGGCCGAUGUCGAGCGGACGUUGCAUGCCUAUCGUAAGAACCUGCUGGGCCGUAGGCCGGUGGCAGGCAGGAUCAUGUUCUUGGUCCUGCUGCGGGAGGGCACUAAGAAUCCCCAGAAGGCGGUCAACAGUCUCAAGAACCUAAAUGCUAACGAAGUGGCCGCAGUUUGUGUGACGUGUGGCGACGCAGACAUAUCGAACAAGCUGUCCAAGUUGGAGCAGCUGAUGCACGAUGUCAGCGUGGCCUACUACGAGCGCCGGAUCCACUUGCUCACCAAAGCGCUCUCGAAGGUGAAGCCCAGCGCAGGGCCUAAUGUGGACGAGACGUCCGAGAUAAAUGCAGCAAUGGCCAACUUCAAGUUGGCGUACUUCCACCAGUUCCUUGGCAACUUCAAGGAAAGCGUGCAGGUGCUGACACAGGCGUGGUCUCAUGUCAUCCCGGCGGUGAUGUGCCGGCCGUGCGAGGAGUACGCCAGUGUGGCACUGUACAUAGCGCUGCAGAUGGUUAACGCGCGAUUUGCGUCUUCCAACAUCGUGGAGGCGCUCACGUUCGCCUUUGAGGUCGCGGCCUUUUUCAAGCGCUUCUUCUACUCCGACGGCCUGCUGGCCCUGUACCACAACCUGUGCUACCUGCUGCACCACGCAGUCGCGCAGCACCUGGACAAGGCGAAUGAGUACAAGGAGCUGAAGGCGAACAGCCACAUACGCCAGCAUGCGGUCAACUUCUACAAGUGGUCCCUGCGACACCUCAUGCAGAUGCGUACCACCCUGAUGUCCUGCACCGACGUCACGGAAUCCCCGAGGAAGUUCGGAUCGUUGUUUUUCAGGGACGACGUGGAUUUCAGCCAUCUCUAUGCGGAUGCUGCCGCGGAGCGGCAUGGUGCGAGCAAAGAGCGCCGUGUACGGUACCUGGAAGCGGUGACGGAGGGCAUUUUGGUGAAAUUGAUGGACAUGCUGUCCACCUGCAGCUGGUACCAGACCUUGUUACAGGUGACGGAAAUCCUGGGUGAUUCGCUGUUCCUUUCGUUUAAGUUGAAGGAGGCUUUCUUUAUCUACGCCAACAUCGGAGAGUCACUGGUAAACCGAACGCCUUUGGAUACUGAUUACCUGCUGAAGAGUUGUUCUUCCACAGUUAUAUCUGAGGCGCUGAAGCAGAGCACCACGGCCCGUUCAGCCCAGAGGACGGAUUCGAACGCGGGGCAGGAUGCGCUUCGCCUCUACCCGAGCUUUUUGAAGACGUCAACUACGAUGCUGAUGGCGGAACAUGGUAACUCCAAAGUCUGGUGGUCGCUGUACGAGCUCGUGCUUUCGAAGAUGAUGGUCACGUUGAACCUGCUGUUAGGCCAACCCAUGGAUUUGCCGCAAUCCGUGACGAAAGCCGCCGACCUUCCGACAAGCAUCUACGAAGAGCCGUUGAGGAGCAAGUUUGAGCUCGAAAACAGCCCCAGGCUAGACAUUGAUAUGGUAACCGCCAGCGCUCGGCGCGAGUACUCCUUGAUCCUGCUGAAGUCGAUGUUGACGCUGCAUUCUGUUACGGAGACCGAUUUCGACAUCGAACGUUCGUGCAACUGGCUCGUGUCGCGCAUUUCACCGAAAAACGACAUUUCAAGUUCGGUACUGUUGAGCAAGCAUCACCAAGCGCAGUACAUGCUCGGCCGGGCCGAUGUCGGUGACGACUCCAUCAUGACCACCCUGCAGAUUCUGGUCAGCUUCCAUGUCGACCUACCCUUCAGCGUAGAGGUGUCAAACGUGACUAUAUGCACGUCUAUCGGAACGUUUGCCUUCGACAUUUCAGAGGUGUUGUGCACCAACGACCGUGUGGAAAUAUACACCACUCCGUGCGCCGGGGAACAUAACACGGAUGUCUCGGACGUCAAACGAGAGGAUUCAUUGACAAGUGAGGAUGGAUCUAGUGGUAGCGGUGAGAGUGAUUCUGCUGACAGCGGAGACAGUGACGGUGACCAAUCUGCGCGUGACAAGCACGAGGAACCUACGGUGGUAAGCAACACGAAGCCCACACCAGAAAGAAAAACGGCGACUCUCGCUGGCGAUAGCCAUGUGCUGCUCGCCAUAACGUGCCCUGCUAUCAACAACAAGUUCAUGGUAGACAGCUUCGUGUUGUUGGGUGUAAACCUGCUUUGGGUUAAGAACAUGGGAGACGGCGCUUCGGUCAACAUAUCGUGCGUCAUGCCAUCCCUGACGCUACGCUUGCCGCACGGUAUUCCCGGCAUCGGGGAUACAAUGUUUACGGCAGACCCGUGCCACGGCGUCUUCCGUAUUUUUGAUGAUGUAGUCACCAUUGGGUACGCCAGCACAUCGCUCAAAUCGGAGGAGCUGCUGGAUAUGACCGCGGUCAACCCGAAGCGUGCCGACAGGUAUGGCAUGAUAGUGGACACAUUGGUGGAACUGACGAGUGUGAGCCAAUGCCUUCUGGAUUUCGAUGAGCUGGUGGACUCGAACCCACCAGCAUCAAUGCCUCACGCUCGCGGUGCGUACCGGAUGUUCGUAAAUCGCAUAUACUUCAAGUCCUUCCUGGGCGAUUUGGUGGAGGGACAUGUUGCUCCGGUUACCUGCGUGCUUUUGUACAACAAGCAAAUCCUAAAGGCGGAGUACCUCCCACGCAUUAGGUUCUCUGUCGAGGUGACGUCGAGCGCAAACUCGUUUCACUUCUACGCCCUGUGUCGUGACGGCGCUGACGAGAGUGGCGUCAUGCGCCUCUGCGUGAACAACAAGUUUGCCUUCACCUUGACGGGGUUCGCGGAUGCACAGCACUUCGACCUAGACACGCGUUUGGACGCUCGGAGCGGCCCUGAUGCGGACACUGUGGUGCCCACUCUCUUUGCCGACGACUCAGCUGUAGUUUACAGCAUUAAUGAGGACAUGAGCAACUUCCUGGAGUUAGCCAAGCGUGAUGCUAACACUGGGGUGGUCUACAUAUUUGGAUUGUUCAAGGCACUUUCGCACGGGCCGACUACGGUCCAAUUUAACUUGCAAAUGCAGCCGAUGUUAGGCCACACCUUGAAGGCAAUGGAGUCGAAAUUCUUGGUUGUGACGGAUAUCACUAAGACUUUGGUGCACGAGCCGGUGGCACUGGACCUUGCUGUCGAGCAUGUGUACGACAACAACGCAGGUGGCUACAUAAAGUUUUUGAACAUGCAUCUCUCGAACAAGAGUCCACUGCAAUACACUCUGGAUAGCGUGCGUGUACUCCACGACGGCGUUUCUGCAGCCCGUAUGUUUUCGCGUGACAGUGCCUGUUCAUUCGACGCAGAGGACGACCAGCUGUAUGGUUACCGCAAAACGAUGGAGGACAAGGAAGGGCUGCGGUUCAUGUACCUGUGCCCGACUAAUAAGCAUAGUGACUCUGCCGUGGAAGUGCAGUGCCUGCAUGCAGUGGUUCACGCUGAUGCUUUCCCGUUCAACCGUCUUCAGCCGUGCUUCCAGAUUAUGGUCACGAAGAACAUAUCCCUCUACAACGAGAAAGACAAUUGUGAAAUCUUCAUUGCGGUGAAGCACCAGAGCAUCGUUGAGUUGGGACAAUCUUUCGAGUACGUUGCCGAGAUACGGAACAUGACUCCUCACACCCUGGAUUAUUGUAUCACUCUGCCGGCGAGCCAGGCAACAGUGAAUCCGUUCAUGAUAUCCGGGCCGCGAUAUAUAGACAUGGUAGCAUUGCCACACGCGACGCGCACCGUAAAGUGGAUAUUGAUGCCAAACAAGUGUGGACAUCACAACCUGCCGGAAGUGAGGCUAGAACAGCGUCGCAAGCUGGCUUUGUCUAGAGAUGAUUUCGUAUCUGUGCCGUCUUUGAUCUACGUCACACCGCGUCCACUGGAAUUGGCAUAA